AUGAAUGAUGAAGACAAGACGAUAUUAGAAAAUCAAAGUAGUUCGUCACUAGCGAACGACAAUUGUACAACCACGAUCAAAACAAAAAGUCCGAAAAAGAAUAGUGAUCCGAGAGUUACUGCUAUUKCGGGCGCUCUAUCUGGUGUUUUAUCCGGAAUAUUAGUUUGUCCUUUCGAUGUUGCAAAAACAAGAUUACAAGCACAAGGUCUUCAAAACAUUAGUCAUCAGAGUAAACAUUAUAAUGGGUUUUUUGGUACGUUUGCCACCAUUUUUAAAGAUGAAGGCGCCGCUGGACUUUAUAAAGGUUUGCAGCCUACGAUCUUAGGAUACAUACCAACUUUGAUGAUUUACUUUUCCGUCUAUGAUUUUAGUAGAAAGUAUUCUGUCGACAUUUUCCCGCACAGUCCAUUUCUCUCAAAUGCUUCCUCUGCUAUUACAGCAGGUGCCAUCUCAACUGUUGCCACAAAUCCAAUAUGGGUAGUUAAAACAAGACUUAUGCUACAGACAGGCAUUGGAGAAUACUCAACCCACUAUAAGGGUACUAUAGACACUUUCAAAAAAAUUAUUCAACAAGAGGGAGUUAAGGCUCUUUAUGCUGGUUUAGUACCUGCCCUUUUAGGGAUGCUAAAUGUGGCCAUACAAUUUCCUUUAUAUGAAAACUUAAAAAUUAGGCUUAAAUAUUCAGAAUCGACUGACUUACCAACAGAUUUAACAAGCUCGAAUUUUCAAAAAUUGAUAUUAGCGUCUAUGUUAUCGAAAAUGGUAGCCUCUACUGUGACUUAUCCUCACGAAAUUCUUCGAACUCGAAUGCAAUUGAAGUCAGAUCUUCCAGAUGCUGUUCAACGUCAUCUGCUCCCGUUGAUUAGAAUUACGUAUAAACAAGAGGGUUUUGCUGGGUUUUAUUCCGGGUUUGCUACUAAUUUAGUUAGAACAGUCCCUUCUGCUGUGGUAACAUUGGUAUCAUUUGAAUACUCUAAGAAAUAUUUAAGCAAUCUUUUUGAUAAAGUAUAA